AUGAAUCAAUAAAUAGUAAGCAACAGUAUAUAAGAAAUCAAUCACUACAAUCGAGUUUUAGAGGGAAAUAAAAGAUAUGUAGCAAAAAAGUUGUCAGAAGACCCCAAUUACUUUAAGACCCUAUCAAAAGGAUAAAGUCCUAAAUAUUUACUCAUUGGGUGCUCUGAUUCAAGAGCUCCUCCAAAUGAAUUGACAGAGACUGAUCCUGGAGAAAUAUUUAUUCAUAGAAAUAUUGCCAACUUAGUCAUUCCUACAGAUUUAAAUGUAAGAGUCUCUUUGAUACCUAAAGCUUAAUUGUGUUAUUCAAUAUGCAGUCGAACAUUUACAUAUACAUAAUAUUGUAGUGAUGGGACAUACUUGUUGUGGUGGAGUAAAGGCUGCUAUGACAUAAGAUUCAGUUGGAGGUUUACUAGAUCUAUGGUUAAAUUAAAUAAAGUUAGUUUAUGAGAAACAUGCAGACUUGAUAGAAUCCUUUGUUGAUGAAAAUGAUAAAAUUAAUUGUCUUAGUUAGUUGAAUGUAAGAGCUCAAGUUAUGAAUAUAUGGAAGAAUCCAAUAGUCUAAAAGGCUUGGUAGAAGGGAAAUCGUAAAUUAAUUUAAAUUAACAUUCUUAGCUGUAAUGGUCCAUGGAUGGCUAUUCAGGGUUGAAACAGGAUAUAUAGAAGAACUUUUGAUAGAUUAACAUACUCCAGAAGAGAUGUGCAAAGUCUAUGCUUUAAAGUUUAAAUUGGAAUCAGAGAAGUAAUUAUCAAAACAUGUUUCUCCAGCAGGCUCUCCUAAAAACAAUGCAAAGAAAAGAUUUUUAAAUAUGCAACGAAAAUUAAUUGAACAUAUAAAUUAACUAAAAGAAAAUAAUAUAACAGAUUAAGAUGGGGAAAUAAAAGAAAUUGGUGGAUUCAUAGAAAGUUCUAAAGAUUUAUGA